AUGACCGACGCGAAGACCAGCACAUACGUUACCCUGGUUUCAAGCGACGAAUAUGAAUUCAAAAUCUUGCGCUCAGCAGCAACUAUCUCAGGGACAAUAAAGAAGGCCCUUGAUCCCAUGUCUGGCUUCCGUGAGAACGCGGAAAAUCGUGUCGAUCUACCCACGAUAAACGGCGUCGUGCUUGAAAAAGUCUGCGAGUACUUGUAUUACAAUCAAAAGCAUGCUGGGAGCAAAGAUGUCUCUGACAUGGACAUCCCACCGGAGCUCUGCCUCGAGCUCCUGAUAGCGGCUGACUAUUUGGAUGUGUAA